AGAGAAAAGAUAUUAACUCGAAGGCCAAGGAUUGUACGUGGAUUGUAUCUUGGCAAAGAACCAUUGGAAUAUCAAAAAAUCCCAACUCCGUUUAGAUUUAGCUUUCAACAAGGAUAUAAUGAUAUCACAGACCAAGAAAAAAACAAGGCCAAAAAUUUCCAGGGAAGAAUAAUUUACUCACAAAGCAUGACUGUCACGCUCUGCAGUUUACAAACAAAGCAGGUGAAUCGUGGACAGUUUAAGCGUGACAGAGUUGUGUGGAAAGGUGAUGCUGUUCGACGUACUAGUAAUUCGGGCACGAACCAAAACUGGUGGAAGAAAGAGCUCCCGUUAUCAUGCACUAAGAAGGCGAAGCAGGAGGCGGACAAGUUAAGGUUGAAUGCUAAAAUUUCACGACAGUUACAAGAGAAAAAUCUCGUACAAACUGACGAGGAAGAAGCGCUUAGAGGCGAAUAUCAAAAGAGGACGAGGCAAAGUGUGGAGGGCAGUGAUACAAGAUCCUAUCAAGUUCAAGAAAUUGACAGUUACUUCUCAAGAAAGACUCCAGUAGAAUUCUAUUUGGAAAAUUUCAUUUUCAAACAAAGCGACUAUGACAUUUGGUCUCGAUCGAACGAAAAACAAAAUCAGGAAGAAAACUGA